UGGACCACAGUAUCAAUGGGACUUUCUUGUGGAAGAAACUGGAAUUAUUUGCCAUUACCUUCCCCAGUGGAUCCUUUUGUCAACAAAACAGAGGUUUCAGGGUCAUACAACAAGAUUUCUGAGUUUGUAUUAGAACGCAUAUCCUCCUGACUCAAGACUUACCCUAUAGAGGCACCAUCAGCUCUAAGAUCCAUUUAAAGACAAAAUCAGAAAUGAGAAAUCAUACAGGGAUAACAUUGUUCAUUCUUCGGGGAUUAACAGAUGACCCACAGCUGCAGGUUCUGCUUUUGAUCUUUCUGUUUCUGACCUACAUCCUGAGUGUAACUGGGAACUUGACCAUCAUCACCCUCACUUUAGUGGAUCAGCACCUUAAAACCCCAAUGUAUUUUUUCCUCGGAAACUUUUCUUUCUUAGAAUUGUCAUUCACAACUGUCUGUAUUCCCAGAUUCCUGUACAACAUGUCAACUGGAGACUAUACUGUGUCCUAUAAUGGAUGUUUCACUCAAUUAUUUUUUGGAAUUCUCUUUGGAGCCUCAGAGUUUUUUCUCUUGGCUGCCAUGUCUUAUGACCGCUAUGUAGCUAUCUGCAAACCCCUGCACUAUGCAGCCAUCAUAAACAACAAAGUCUGUAAUCAGCUCCUCCUGAGUUGUUGGGUGUCUGGGUCGAUGAUUAUCAUUCCAAUAAUUAGUUUUGGUCUUCAGCUAGAAUUCUGUGACUCCAAUAUCAUUGACCAUUUUGUCUGUGAUAUAUCACCCUUGCUGGAGAUCUCAUGCUCUGAUACACAGUUCAUGGAAAGAAUGGUUUUAGCCCUUGCUGUGUUCACACUCAUCAUCACCUUAGUGUUGGUGGUUCUAUCUUAUGCAUAUAUCAUUAGAACUAUUUUGAGAUUCCCUUCAGCUGAGCAAAGAAAAAAAGCCUUUUCUACUUGUUCCUCCCACAUGAUUGUUGUCUCCAUGACUUAUGGAACCUGUAUCUUCAUCUAUAUCAAACUUCCUACCAAAGAAGGGGUGGCUUUGAAUAAGGUAGUGUCAGUACUUGCAACCUCAGUAGCACCUGUAAUGAACCCCUUUAUUUAUACUCUGAGGAAUAAACAAGUAAUUAAAGCUUUUAGAGACACAUUGAAAAAGAUUGUUUUGAUUUCAAAGUUAUAAGAAGAAAUUGACCUUCAGAAGCAAUGUUAGUAAAUUAAAACUUGAAUAACUUUGAACUCUUUAUUCUGGAUUUUAUGACCUAAUUUGAUUCUCUACGUAAUGCUCCCUUAGCCGCAGCUUUUUUUCACAUCUUUUAAUCUCCUAU